AUGGAUUUCUGUUAUAAUAAACUGAUGGGAAAUGGGACAGUUGCUAGCAAAUUUAGAUUAACAACAAAAGUACAGCUGAAUCAAUCAAAUUUAAGAACACCGCUAGCUGAACAACCCAAAGCCGAUGUUUUAAAUAAUUUAUCAUUACAACAUAUUAAUCCACAAUCUCCACAACAAAAUAUUCAACAACUUCAAACUACGAUUAGUGAACCAAUAAUCAAAGCAACUGAUAAAACAAUCACAACUUCAGCAAAUAGUAUUAUCCCACCCGUUGAAAAUAUUAAUAGUCAUCAUCCGAGCAAUUGUAAUCGUUGUUAUAGAUUAAAGAAGAAAUGUACAAGAACUUAUCCUAAAUGUUCACAUUGUCAAAGGACAGGAUCAGAUUGUGAAUAUGUUGACAGAAGUAAGAAGAGAAGAAAAUUAUCACCAAGUAAUGUGGAAGAAAGUAAAGUAGAUGGACAAAUUAUACAUAUAGCAAGUUCAAAUACCUUACCAUCAUCAGAAGUUGUAGAACAUAAAUUGAUAUCAAUAUCCUCAUUAUUAGCAGAUUCAAAUGAUGAACAAGCUAAAAAUAGAGAAGCAUCAAAAAACAAAAAAAUACCCACAGCUGCAUUAGCAUCAUCAGCAAGAAGAGCUCAAGAUAAAGAAAGAGAAAAUGUAAUUGACAAAAUUAAUUACAAGACUACUCAAAGGUCUCCACAUUCAAAUUUAAAAGAAGAAUUCAUAACCAUGAAGGAAAUUAAGGAAGCGGAUUUACCAUUAAUUUUUGCUAUGAACUAUUUUGAGAAUUUUGCUUUCAAAUACCCAUUUAUGAAGAAAAAUGAUUUCUUGGAAAGAUUAAAAAAAAUAGACUUUACCAAGGAUUCUAUUGUCAAUUUGGACAUUUAUUUAUUACUAAGUAUUGGGUGUAUAUUGUAUGAUUCAAAAUGUCAAACUGAAAAUUACUCAACAUAUUUCAAAACCAAGAGCAUACAUGGAAUUAUAGACGUACUUGAUGUUUCAAUGAGUACCUAUAAUGAACAAAAUUUGAGUUUGUUAUUAUUGUUAUCAAUUUAUGGGAUUGCUUCAUUAGAUAGUGAACUAGUUUGGAAUUUGUUGGGAUUAUUAGAUAGAGCAGUGAUUAAAUUUGAGUUAUUUAAAAAACUUGACAACCCACCAAUAGAAAGAAUUUUCUGGUCCAUACAUAAUUUAGAUAAAGAGUUUAGUAUAACUGCUCAAAGACCAUCGCAAUUCCCAUCUUACAAAUUUUUUCAAAAUAAUGACGAAAUCAAUCAAGCGCUUUAUGAAGGUGAAAAUUUAUCGUUCAUAAAUAGAAGUAUCAAACUUGCAAAAUAUCAAGAUUCAUUGAAUGAAUCAUUAUUAACCAGUUCAAGAGAUAACUUAUUUCAAAUUUCAGGAAACUUGGGAUUUUGGAUAGCAGGUAUCACAAAGGAAUUUAGUUUAAAAUACAGUACACAAUCAGAAGUUCAAUGUCUAGUAGCUUGGGCAAAUAUUCAAAGCUACUAUCUUCAUACAGUAAUGGAUCAAAUAUCAGCCACGAAAAAUUUCCAAUUCCCAUCAAAUUUCAUAUUUCACUCAUUUACUGCUUUGAUAACGGCAUCUGAUAAAUCUUCAGAAAAAGACAAAGCAAAUUAUCAACUAUCCUUAGUCUCAUCAAUGUUCUGGUAUUCCCAAUACUUUAAUGUUAUAAGAUAUAGCUUUGAUAAUUUAAUUCACUUCAUCAAAGAAAAAGAUUCAGAUUUAGAAUUAAGAGUUAAAGAAUUUAAUGAUUUAUUGCAGCAAUGUUUGAAUAUGUCUAAAUUUAUAAGAGGUGUUAAGACUUUGAAAAAUAUUGAGGGUUAUGUUUCUUUAAGUAAAGACGUUAAUUUAUUGGUCGAAGAGUUAGAAGGUGUUAGUUUGAAAUUGUUAGGGUAUGAUGUUAAUGAUGAUUCGGAGUCUAUAGUUGAUUUGCUUGAAGGAGUUAAGAGCAAAGUGAAAGUACUUAUAAAGGUAGAAAGUUAA